GGGACCAGACUGCUAAAAGCACCAUCUACACUCCAGCAGCGAGCUGUGUGGCCGCCUCUCCAGAGAUUUCUCUCAGGGGUUGCCGGGAAGGAGGGGAGGAGAGAGCUCCGCCGACUUCGUGUGAGAAGCGGACUUUUCCCAGCGGUGGCCCGGGCGUCCGCCGAGCUUCUUAGCGCUGAGAGUGUGCGGAGGGGAUGGAAGAGAUGAGGCCUAGCAGCGUACCCCAGCCCUUCCCGUCCAUCUUCCCCCCGGGGCUGCAUGCCAUCUACGGCGAGUGUCGGCGGCUGUACCCGGAGCAGCCCAACCCCCUCCAGGUCACCGCUAUAGUCAAGUACUGGUUGGGUGGACCAGACCCCCUAGAUUAUGUGAGCAUGUACAGAAAUCUUGGCGAUUCGUCACUUGGUGUUACUGAACACUGGCAUUACGUCAGCUUUGGACUCAGCGAUUUGUAUGGAGACAACAGAGUACACGAAUACACAGGGGUUGAUGGACCCAGUGGGUUUGGUUUUGAACUCUCCUUCAGACUGAAAAGGGAACCAGAGGAAUCUGCACCACCAACAUGGCCAGCAGAGUUGAUGCAGGGACUUGCUAGAUAUGUUUUCCAAUCAGAGAACACCUUCUGCAGCGGCGAUCAUGUGUCAUGGCACAGUCCACUGGACAACAGCGAGUCCCGUAUUCAGCAUAUGCUUCUGACAGAAGACCCCCAAAUGCAGCCAGUGCAGACGCCGUUUGGUAUUGUGUCCUUUUUACAGAUAGUUGGUGUUUGCACUGAGGAAUUGCAUGCAGCUCAGCAAUGGAACGGACAGGGAAUACUAGAACUCCUUCGAACAAUACCAGUAUCGGGUGGACCUUGGCUAAUAACGGAUAUGAGAAGAGGAGAGACCAUUUUUGAAAUUGACCCUCAUUUGCAGCAGGAGAGUGUUGAUAAGGGGAUUGAAACGGAAGGGUCGAACCUCAGCGGAGUCAGUGCCAAAUGUGCAUGGGACGAUUUGAGUCGACCACCGGAAGAUGAGGAAGACAGUAGGAGUAUAUGUAUUGGAACGCAACAAAGACGGUUAUCUGGCAAAGAUACCGAGCAAAUCCGAGAGGCUUUACGAAGAGGCCUUGAAAUCAACAGUAAACCUAUCCUACCUCCAAUCAGUAUGCAGCGUCAGAAUGGCAUGAACCACGAUCGAGCGCCGAGCCGCAAAGACAGUCUAGAAAGUGAAAGUUCCUCGGCCAUCAUUCCUCAUGAGUUAGUACGUACACGACAACUGGAAAGUGUCCAUCUCAAGUUUAACCAGGAGUCCGGCACACUCAUUCCACUUUGUUUAAGGGGUAGACUGUUACACGGACGGCACUUUACUUAUAAAAGUAUUACUGGUGACACGGCCAUCACUUUUGUUUCUACGGGGGUCGAAGGAGCAUUUGCUACAGAAGAGCAUCCGUAUGCAGCACAUGGGCCUUGGCUGCAAAUUUUGUUGACAGAGGAGCUGGUGGAAAGGAUGCUGGAAGACUUAGAAGAUUUAAGCUCUCCAGAGGAAAUGAAAUUGCCCAAGGAAUAUAGCUGGCCAGAGAAGAAGCUGAAGAUUUCCAUUGUCCCAGACUCUGUAUUUGAUAACCCGCUACAUUGAGGGAAAGGUCAAGACUGGCCGUGAAGGAGAAACACGAUGAACUCUGCCGCUUUCAGCACCGUUUCUGGCUGUAAACCAAAGGAAAGCAGUUACUGCACAAUCAUCACUAGAAGAGACCGAGAACACAACACUUGUGAUAUUUCCCAGCUGAUCCUGUCUAGAGGAAGUGCCGGGACUGUAUCCUUACCUGCGUGACAUGCUGAAUCCAUACAACACUC